AUGGCCGGGUUCUCCUUGUAUUUAUCAAACACAUCAAAAAUUAAAGAUGGAUUACUUUGUUACAAAGAUGUACCUGAAUUACCUCCUUUGAAUUUCACCACCAAGUGUGUGGGAUUUGGUCGAUUCGUCACUUUUUACAACGAGCGAUGGUUCUCAAAGAAAUAUCCAGAUGAUUACAAUUUUCCGUUGACUGAAUUAUGUGAAGCAAACGUGCAAGCAUGUGCCCCUGGAUCAUACGGAAUUGAGUGUAAACAUCAGUGCAAAGGUCACUGCAUGAACAAUGUACCUUGCAAUCACAUAACCGGUAAAUGCGACGGGUAUUGCGAGUAUGGAUGGUUUGGAAUAUAUUGUGACGAAGCUUGUCCUUUUGGAACAUACGAUGUACAUUGCCGGAAGAACUGUAGUGGAAGUUGUUGGAAUAAUAGUAACUGUAAUGUCGUGACAGGAAAGUGUGACUAUGGAUGUAAACCACGUUACCUUGGAGAGUAUUGCAAAAAAGAGUGUUCACCAGGAAUGUUCGGAAAUGCAUGUAACAAUAAUUGCAGUGGUCAAUGCAUGCAUGUAAACAAUAAAACGUGCCAUCAUGUUGAUGGAGUUUGUCUUAAAGGAUGUAACAAAGGAUUCCAUGGGAAAUAUUGCGACAGAAUUUGA